AUCUUACCAUAGACCGCUAUCUACACUCGAGGAGAUUCACGCACCAUCAACACAUUAUCAUGCCGAGGGAACGCAGACUUCGUGGGAUCAAUUCAAGCGCAGUUCGCCAUCGCAUCAGUUUUGAGGACGAGGAUAUUGACAUUGAGAGUGUGCUUGAGAGGACGAAAACUCGAGUGUUCGAGAUAAUUAGGGAGCAUGCGGCACGGUAUGAUGCAAAUGUUAAGUGGUACAUAGUGCUUAACGUUUUAUUGUAUAAAUUAGUGGUGCUGGAUGACAAGGUUGAUGAGUCUGUUUCAUCUCUAAUAAAUCUACAUAGUUACUCCAACAUAGCGCUGAACGUGCUUGAGAACUAUGAAGAUUUUAAUGAUGACCCCUAUCACGUGACCUUGGCUCCACCCAUCACUGCUCUCAGCCUGGAUGACUUCACAUUGGAUUACAACCUUCUCUGCUCACAUUGCACAACAUUAUGCAACAAUCUAGAAAUAGUUAUGUUUGCGCAGGAGUGGGGUCACUGA